AUGGAUCCUCCGGUUGCUUUGCACGAACCUCUUGAUAUGAUCCGUUUAAAUCUCGACGAAGUUAUUUAUUUGAAGUGUAAAAACGGGAGGGAAUUAGUCGGUAGAUUGCACGCUUUCGAUGAGCAUUGCAAUAUGGUACUUUCCGAUGUUACAGAAACUAUUACGACUGUCGAUGCGGAUGAUAAUUCUAAAAACGAAACUACUAAGGUUACUAAAAGAGACAACGGAACGAUUUUUGUCCGAGGAGACUCUCUUGUCCUUCUCUCGCAUUACGAUAAAACAUAG